AUGAAGUUUAGCGCCAUUGUCUCUCUUCUCUGCAUCGCCGCCGCCCCGGUCAUGGCGUCGGAAGAUGUCACUUCCUAUUCGACCGUGACCAUCACCAAGACAUUGAUCCGCGUCAACUCGGUCACUGCGACUCCCAGCUCCAGCGCGACCCUGGUGAGCGCCUCGGCCAGUUCUACUCCCAUGGUCACUUCCACCUCUGCCUCCUCAACCCAGGCUGCUGCCUCCGCCACCAAGACCGGCGGUGCCGUUGCUCUUGGCGCUGGCAUGCCGGCGGCUCUCGUCGCAGGAUCCUUCGCGCUGAUUAUGGGCGCGGCCCUGUAA